AUGGAUUCCUGGGAGCGAUUUCAAGAACCCCUUCCGCCGAAAGAGCGCUUCUACAGCUCCCUAAACGAGGCUGGAAUGUCAGACGAAGAGUACGAGCACGCAAAGAAGGUUUGGAAAAAGCACGACUGUAAGAACAUGGGAGAUUACCACGACGUGUAUUUGCUUUCAGAUGUAGUCCUAUUAGCCGACGUAUUUCAAAGCUUUCGAAAGAUGGCGAUGUCUUACUACGGAAUAGACCCAGCAAACUUCUACACCGCCCCUGGGUUAUCUUGGAGUGCCCUGUUAAAGAGCACCAACGCCCAAUUAGACCUCUUAACAGACUACGAAAUGUACAGAUUUAUGGAGGACGGAAUUCGCGGUGGGGUUUGUGGRCCAUCGAGGCGAUUUGCGCGCGCCAAUAACCCACAAGUUGAGGGGCACGACCCCGAGAAACCAUCCACGUAUAUCUUUUACCUAGAUGCGAACAACCUUUACGGCUGGGCGAUGUCCCAACAUUUGCCAGUGCGCGACUUUGAAUGGACUGAGCCACGCGCACCGGAGUUUUACAUGCAAAUAAGACACGACAGCCGUAAAGGCUUUAUCCUUGAGGUGGAUUUGGAAUACUCAGAACACCUUCACGACCUUCACGACGAUUACCCAUUAGCACCCGAGGCAAUUGAGAUACCCUUUGAACAACUCUCCCCGUUACAGAAGAAACUUUGCCCCACGUACAAGCCAUACCGCAAGCUUACCAUGAACCUAAUGGACAAAAAGAAGUACGUGGUUCACUACCGCAACCUUCAAUUUUACGUACGCCACGGAAUGCGCGUGACMAAGGUGCACCGCGCCCUGAAGUUCCGUCAGGAGCCCUGGAUGCAGCCCUACAUUGACUUUAACACGCAAAAGCGAACCGCGGUAAAGAACGACUUUGAGAAGAAUCUCUUUAAGUUAAUGAACAACUCCGUAUUUGGUAAGACCAUGGAGAACAUUCGCAAGCGCGUUUCCAUAAAGAUCGUAAAUACGCAGGAGGAAGCAGAGGCCUACGUAUCUCAGCCAGGCUUCGUACGCUACGUAGACAUGCUAAACUUCUUCGUAAUACACAUGAAGAAGGCAAACCUAUUCCUCAACAAGCCUGUAUACACCGGCUUUACCGUGCUGGAGCUGUCUAAACUUCUGAUGUACGAGUUUUACUACGACAAACGUAAACCAAAGUACGGCGAUAAAUGCCGCCUCCUAUACACCGACACCGACUCCCUAAUAAUGGAGAUAGAAACCCCCGACGUCUACGCGGACUGCCUCGAAGACAUUGACGAGUACGACACCUCGGGCUACCCACGCGACCAUCCACUGUACUCUGCGAAGAACAAGAAGGUCAUCGGGAAGAUGAAAGAGGAGAUGCUGGGCAAGCCCAUCGUGGAAUACGUGGGUCUCAAACCCAAAAUGUACAGCGUCCUAAAGACAGACGGCGCAGACAAGAAAGCCAAGGGCGUAAAAAAAUACGUAGUCAAGAAGGACAUAACCCAUCAGUCCUACAUUGACGUCCUACGCACGCAGAAGACGCAGAAGCAUCGGAUGAACUCCCUGCGGUCCUUUAAACAUCAAAUACACAACGUCACCCAAGAGAAGGUGUCGCUGUCAGCAUUUGACGGUAAUUUAUUACCUGAAAUAUAUGGAGCCCGUGGAAGCAGUCAAAGCAAUGGUUCACGUCGUCAAAGAAAAGUCAGACCUACAGAGGACGGUCGAAAUGCAAAGGGAGGAGAUAGACCGGCUAAAUGA